UUUCCCCAUUUUUCUUUUGUUUGGUUUGUGAAAGGGUGGAAAUCAAUUUUCGGUUUUCCCAAUAGGCCAAUGGUGGAAUAUUGUAUCUUUAAUGAUGGAAAACAUUUUCCUUUACAAAACAACAGAAGCCACAUUUUCCUUCCUCAUCCUUACCUCAUUUUUACUUCCCACUCAUCCAUCCUCACAUUGCCACUCCUAUUUUUUUUAUUUCUGAACUUUUCUUAUAUGCAACCAAACAAAGGACAACUAAUUGUAUUUGUGCUUUUUCUUGAAAUAUGUUUUCCAUAGAAACUAUUUUUCAUUGAAAAUGUUUUAUAUCAUACCAAACAGGGCCUAAGUAAAGCUAGGUUUUUUUAUUCUUUAAUCAAGUUAGUAUGUAGCUAGUUUAAGCUACAAUCUGGAAGUUACAAUUUUUUGUUAAUUGAAUAAGGUCUUAAUUAAAUAAGGUCCUUAUCAGUAGUUUCAGUACCUUUGGAGUUGCUCUUCUAAACUCAACCUUUCAAUGAAUGAACAAAUUUCAUGUUUCCUCGAAUUAUUCCAUUUUUUCUCUGAUGAUAACUAAUAAAAACAAACAUUAUCGACAAGCCUUUAUAUCCAUUGUAUAUAAGGCUUGCAUGUUUGGUGAAUAAUUGAACUCUCUAUUAGUUUGCACUCUCUCUCAAACAAAAAAAAAAAAAAAAAAAAAAAUAAUAAUAAUAAUAAUAAUAAUAAUAAUAUUAAAGCUCUCAAGUUUCACAGUCAAGCAACAACAAAGUAUCUUCCUUGAUGUCUCUGUUUGCACUUGGCCUGUUGACAGUGAUCAUAAUUAGCAUCACAAAUCUUCUGCUUUACAAAUGGUGGAAACCAAAACACAAAGCCAAUCUCCCACCCGGUUCGAUGGGAUGGCCUCUUAUUGGUGAAAGUUUUCAAUUUUUUAGCUCUAAUACAUCCUUUGACAUACCUCCUUUUGUCAAACAAAGGAUGAUCAGGUAUGGUCCAAUUUUCAAAACCAGUAUAGUGGGUAACCCACUUAUAGUGUCUGCAGAUCAAGAGCUGAACUACAUCAUAUUCCAGCAAGAGGGUCAAUCUUUUCAAAGUUGGUAUCCAGACACAUUCAUUGAAAUCUUCGGACGCCAAAAUAUUGGUUCCCUAGAUGGAUUCAUGUACAAAUAUCUGAAAAACAUGGUGCUGAGUCUGUUUGGUACAGAAAGCCUAAAGAAUAUGAUAUCUGAAGUUGAAGUUGCAGUACUUAAACAUCUACAUCAGUGGUGCAGAAUGGACUCAGUUGAGCUCAAAGAUGCAACAGCGAGGAUGAUAUUUAAUCUGACAGCGGAGAAGCUAAUCAGUCAUGAUCCCGAAAGCGCUUCAGAGAAUAUAAGGGAGAACUUUGUCGAUUUUAUGAAGGGAUUAGUAUCCUUUCCCAUAAACAUUCCUGGCACAACAUACCACAAGUGCUUACAAGGAAGAAAGAAGGCAAUGAAAAUGUUGAAACAAUUAAUUCAAGAAAGAAGGAUGAACCCAAGAAAACAGAACAAGGACUUUUUUGAUUUUGUCCUAGAGGAGUUAUCUAAAGAAAGAACCCUUCUAACCGAGGGGAUUGCUUUAGAUCUUAUGUUUGUUCUCCUCUUUGCAAGCUAUGAAACGACAUCACAGGCAGUCACAUUAGCUAUGAAAUAUCUUACAGACAACCCUUUAGUGCUACAAACAGUGACGGAAGAACAUGAAUCAAUUCUGAAGAGUAGACAAAAUUUGGAUUCUCAACUCUCAUGGAAAGAGUACAAGUCAAUGACUUUUACUUUUAAGUUCAUCAACGAAACAGUAAGGCAUGGAAACAUAGUUCCGGGAAUUUACAGAAAAGCUCUUAAAGAUGUCAGCUUCAAGGGCUAUACAAUUCCGGCGGGUUGGGCUGUGAUGGUUUGUCCUCCAGCAGUACACUUAAAUCCUGAUAUUUACGAAAAUCCCCUCGACUUCAAUCCAUGGAGAUGGGAGGGAGGAGAAAUAAAUGGAGCAUCCAAACAUUUCAUGGCUUUUGGAGGAGGUAUGAGAUUUUGUAUCGGUGCAGAUUUUAGCAAGGUACAAAUGGCUGUGUUUCUACACUACUUAGUUACCAACUGCAGGUGGCAGCAAAUAAAAGGAGGGAACAUACUUCGGACUCCAGGCUUACAGUUUCCUGAUGGCUUUCAUGUUCGUUUUUCUGCAAAGAGUUCAUCGGUUAAAGGGCAAAUUUAGAAAUGCACUAUGAAUUCAGUACGGAGUAUAUGUGCUACAUAUUACUUCUUAUAAAUCAGCUAUUGAUUUGAUUUUAUGUAAUUACAUAUAGGAUUUUUGUUUUAAUUGAAUUGUUAAUAUAUAAAAUAAAGUACGUCUCAAUUCAUUCUCCUUGGCUAAAAUUAGCAAAUAACAAAUUUCACCUAAUUAAAUUAUUAUCCAUGAAAAAUAAUAUGAUCUUGGUGAUGCAAUAACUAGGUGGAAUGAUAGCAAUUGCAAAUUCUGCUCUUACCUGUAAUAUAAAUUCUAAUAUUUCUUUCAAUGUUGUAAUAAUCCUACUAGCUAAUAAAACAACCCCUUCUAUAAUUCACCAUUAAUCUAUUAUAGCCUUUUAACACACACA